GGACGUGAUACUGCGAGUCGCUCAACGUUCGCAGCGAUUGCAUUCUUCACCAUGGCGAUACCUCCUCAGUUCAUGCGCGCUCUGGACAACUUCAAGGACCAGGCAAAGGACGCAAUAUGGGCUCUUUCCUCCUGCCUCUGCCAGCAGUCAGCAAAGGUCAAGAUAAACGGACGAACGUUCAACAUAAUAAAAGUAUUGGGAGAAGGAGGUUUCUCCUUUGUAUACUUGGCGCAGGACGAACACAGCGGACGGCAAUUCGCCCUCAAGAAAAUUCGGUGUCCUACUGGCACAGAAGGCGUAAAGGAAGCUAUGCGAGAGGUGGAGGCGUAUAGAAGAUUCAGGCAUCCAAACAUUAUACGAAUACUGGACUCGGCAGUUGUCCAGGAUCCUGACGGCGAAGGGAAAAUUGUCUACCUGUUCCUACCAUUAUACAAAAAAGGCAACCUACAGGACGCUAUAAAUGCCAACGUCGUUAAUGGCACACACUUCCCUGAACAAGAGAUGGUGCGUUUAUUCAAAGGUACAUGCCUGGCUGUGCGAGCUAUGCACACGUAUCGGGCCCCCGUUGGACCGGCCCCCGUGUCAAGGCAGAAUAGCGCGUCACCACAACCCCAAGAAGCUUCUUCUCGUCACUCUGAUGAUGACGAACGAUUUCCGCAAGCGGAGGGAGAUGCAGACGGAGGAUAUUCAUACGAUUCCACAACGAUUCCGCUAGUGACGAAGCAUCGCGUCGAAGACCAAGGGGAUGUUGUGUUUGACGGCGAUGAAGAACUUUCACAAAACACAGCAGCGACAGGUGCGACAGAAGUCGUCCCUUAUGCGCAUCGUGACUUGAAACCGGGCAAUGUUAUGAUUGCUGACGAUGGGGUGACACCCGUCUUAAUGGACUUUGGGAGCACUGUGAAAGCUAGAAUCCACAUUGAAAAUCGCUCACAGGCUCUCUUCCAACAAGACUUGGCCGUCGAGCAAAGUACCAUGGCCUACCGCGCCCCAGAACUUUUCGACGUCAAAACAGACGUGACCUUGGAUGAGAAAGUGGACAUUUGGUCACUGGGUUGCACCCUAUUCGCACUGGCUUACUCUCAUUCACCAUUUGAGAACACGCAAACUACUGAGCAAGGUGGUUCAAUAGCCAUGGCAGUCCUGAACGCCCGUUACAAUCAUCCCCCGUCAGCUUACUCUCAGGGUCUGAAGAAUCUUAUCGACAGCAUGCUGAAAGUGAACCCGAAAGACCGUCCAGAUAUACACCAGGUUCUAGAACAAACUGGCAAAGUAUUACGAACCCUUGCGUAAAUUUUUUUGUCGCAGUGCCGUGUUUUCCGCUCCGUUAUUUAUUUAUUCGGAUAAUUAUACGGACUCCAGUAAUUGCAUUCA